AGAGAAUACACGAGACUUGAGAAACAGAAAAAAAUAUUGAAGAUGUCUUUCAAUUCAUUGGAGCAAACUGAAGAUUUGAAAGCAUUUGAGCGGAGACUGACUGAGGUUAUAGCGCAAGUACAGCCUGCCACUGGGAGAUGGAGAAUUCUCUUGAUAGUUGUCUCAGUAAUGACUGCCACAUGUGCUUGGAACUGGCUCUGGGACCCUGAUACUACUAAGAUCUCAUUCUUCCAUUCAUUGAUGAACCAUCCAUUCUUCGCCCUGAGCUGCUUGUUUCUAAUAGCAUUGUUUCUAUGUGGAAUACACAAGCGAGUUGUAGCACCAUCUAUCAUAGCGUCAAGGUGUCGUCAAGUGUUAAUGGACUACAACAUGUCAUGUGAUGACACUGGUAAACUUAUAUUGAAACCUAGGCCAACAACAUGACAGGAAUACCAUCUAGGGAGAGUGCCAUAGGACAACAGGGGGAAAGACAGUGAUGGUUUAAAUCAUUUAAAGAUUUUUCACUGUAGACAAUAGCAGAAUAGUGGAUAGAUACUUUUGGAAACAGAUGAAGUAAAAAAAAUGACGGACAGUAAAAAGUCGAAAGAAAGUCAGUGAUUGGCACACAUGGUGAGCCUGUGGAAUCGCCAACUUGUCCAUUCAUCCAUCUUUUUUAUUUAAUUUUAUUAAUUGUGGACUGGAGAAUAGGCACUCGAAUCAAUGUAAACAAGAAUAAUUCAUUUAUUUGCAGAGAAUAUUUCAGGGGGCUGUUUGGAACAUGUGGUAUAAGUAAUAAUAAGAAAUGACUUAAGAAAUGGAUUGGAAGCUCUCAUAUCUCAUAAAUUCUAAAAUAUUUGAACAGAGAAUUUUGCUUGUCCCCCUGAGUGUAAAACCAAACUACAUUGGGAGAAACAAUACAGUGAAACCUGUCUAAGUGGAACACCU